UCCGCGUGGGUUAGUGAAUGUGAGAGUCAGCGCUCGCGCCGCGCGCGCCGCCCGUCUCUGCCGCUCGGCUCCCACAUCCUGGCUGUGAGAGGCGGGCGCGCGCGCCAGAGCAUAGAGACGGGCGUUGAGCUGUCCGGCUAGAGCGUCGCUGAAUCGGAGCCGGAGCCCGAGCCGCGCGCUGUGUCUCCGCUGCGUCCGCCGAGGCUCCGAGUGUCAGGGACAAAAGCCGCCGCCGCGCCCUCUGCUCCUGCCGCCGGGGCUCAUCCGCCGCCGCCGCCGUGCUGACGAGGAGUCCGCCACCGACGUUACCAGUGAGGAUCCGAGAGCCAUGUCGGCCAGCAGCCUCUUGGAGCAGAGACCAAAAGGUCAAGGAAACAAAGUACAAAAUGGUUCUGUGCAUCAAAAAGAUGGUCUAAAUGAUGAUGAUUUCGAACCUUACUUGAGCCCACAGGCAAGGCCGAAUAAUGCAUAUACUGCCAUGUCAGACUCCUACUUACCCAGUUACUACAGCCCCUCUAUUGGCUUUUCCUAUUCUUUGGGUGAAGCUGCUUGGUCUACUGGAGGUGACACAGCCAUGCCCUAUCUAACUUCUUAUGGACAACUGAGCAAACGGAGAGCCCACUUUCUACCAGAUGCAAUGUUUGGGCAACCAGGAGCCCUAGGUAGCACUCCAUUUCUUGGUCAGCAUGGUUUUAAUUUUUUUUUUCCCAGUGGGAUUGACUUCUCAGCAUGGGGAAAUAAUAGUUCUCAGGGACAGUCUACUCAAAGCUCUGGAUAUAGUAGCAAUUAUGCUUAUGCACCCAGCUCCUUAGGUGGAGCCAUGAUUGAUGGACAGUCAGCUUUUGCCAAUGAGACCCUCAAUAAAGCUCCUGGCAUGAAUACUAUAGACCAAGGGAUGGCAGCACUGAAACUAGGUAGCACAGAAGUUGCAAGCAGUGUUCCCAAAGUUGUAGGCUCUGCUGUUGGUAGUGGGUCCAUCACUAGUAACAUUGUGGCUUCUAGCAGUUUGCCUCCAGCUACUAUUGCUCCUCCAAAACCAGCAUCUUGGGCUGAUAUUGCUAGCAAACCUGCAAAACAACAACCUAAGCUGAAGACCAAGAAUGGCAUUGCAGGAUCAAGUCUUCCACCUCCAAUAAAGCAUAACAUGGAUAGAACUUGGGAUAACAAGGGUCCUGUGGCAAAAAGCCCCUCACAGGCUUUGGUUCAAAAUAUAGGUCAGAACCAGGGAUCUCCUCAGCCUGUGGGACAGCAGGCCAAUAAUAGCCCACCAGUGGCUCAGACAUCAGUAGGGCAACAGACACAGCCAUUGCCUCCACCUCCACCACAGCCUGCUCAGCUCUCAGUCCAGCAGCAGGCAGCUCAGCUAACUGGCUGGGUAGCACCUCGGAACCGUGGCAGUGGGUUCGGUCAUAAUGGGGUGGAUGGUAAUGGAGUAGGACAGUCUCAGGCGGGUUCUGGAUCUACUCCUUCAGAGCCUCACCCAGUUGAGAAACUUCGGUCCAUUAAUAACUAUAACCCUAAAGAUUACUGGAAUCUGAAACACGGCCUUUUCAUCAUUAAGAGCUACUCUGGCGAUAUCCACCGCUCCAUUAAGUAUAAUAUCUGGUGCAGCACAGAGCAUGGUAACAAGAGACUGGAUGCUUAUCGUUCCAUGAACAGGAAGGGUCCCGUGUACUUACUUUUCAGUGUCACCGGCAGUGGACACUUCUGUGGAGUUGCAGAGAUGAAAUCUGCUGUGGACUACAACACAUGUGCAGGUGUGUGGUCCCAGGACAAAUGGAAGGGUCGUUUUUACGCAGAUGGAUUUUUGUGAAGGACGUUCCCCCAAUAGCCAACUGGACACAUUAGCCUAGAGAACAACGAGAAUAAACCAGUGACCAACUCUAGGGACACUCAGGAAGUGCCUCUGGAAAAAGCUAAGCAGGUGUUGAAAAUCAUAGCCAGCUACAAGCACACCACUUCCAUUUUUGAUGACUUCUCACACUAUGAGAAACGCCAAGAGGAAGAAGAAAGUGUUAAAAAGGAACGUCAAGGCCGUGGGAAAUAAAAAGCGGUUCUGCAUAGACUGCAGCAACGGUUGCGUCUGCUUAUCCUAAGAGGACACGAUGACCUGCAAGAAAAUUAGGACUUUUUUUCUUAAUUUCAUUGACUUCAGAGACAAUUGCAAACUUGCAGUAUAAGUAUUGGAAUUUCACAAAAGACAUAGGACUUAACUGGAAAAUGGGGAGAAAAAAAAAAGGAAAAAAGAAAAACCUAAACAAAAAUUCCCUCUAGGUAGUUUAGGUAAAAAAAAAAAAUGUCCCUUUUAUUUUGGCUUUGGUUGUGAUUCAGAGCAUAAUGCUUUGGGUUGUUUUUUUUUUUUUUGUUUUGUUUUUUUUUUUGUCUUUUUACUAUAUUUUUCGGAUUUUUAAGUCCGUAAGUGCAUACAAUUUUCUCUAAUUUUUAAACCCUUUCCUCCUCCCAUUUUGACAUUUGCACUUGGAGAACACUUGAGUUGCGCAGAUUUUGGGUGUCCACCCCAGAAAGUGGGAAUUUGAUUUUUCCCUUCCGAACUGGAAGAAAAUUUUUAUGAAGAAUUUUUGUCUAGGAAAGUUUAAUAACAGUGUUAGCCAAGGUUGAGUCUGUAAGGGUGGUUCAUUUCUCUGACCCUUUGUUACUCAAAGUAAAGUGCUCGGAGUCCUAAGAAAUGUUCUGUUCUUGUGUAUUAUACUGAUUAAGUCAGGAUUAAUUUGAUUUCAAAGCUAAGAACAGUGGUAAAAACUUGUUUUCAGAAAUGCAUUUUGGAAGAGAAAAUAUUGUAAACAUGUAGUGAAUGUUUCUUCAGUUUCUUGUUCAGCCAAUGAGGAAAGGGCAUUGCCUUUCUUUUUACCAUUAAUCACUUCUCAAUAAACGUGAGAUCCUGUUGAGCAUCA